CUCCGCUUCACCAUUUCACCGGUGUCCACCACCACCACAUCCGAAGUCCGUCUUCAAAAUUUUCCGUCACUAUCUAUGCCCGCCUGAAAUACCCCCACGUGAUUUUCAUUUCCUUUUUUUCUUUGUCUUCUCCAUAUUUACCAUUUCAGUCCCCCACCAAACACUUCCUUCUUCACGCCCCCAAACGGUUUUCUGCAAUCUUCAAUCCUUAUUUGUCAUUUUUCUCGAUCAGUAAUAAGUCCUACUUUUGUUCUCAUCACAACAAUUUCUAAUUCUCUAUUCCGCUAUUUUACUUGUGGGUUUAAAACAUACCCGAAAAAUUUUCAUGGCUUGGACUUAUGCCGUUGGUCAUUUGCCGUCGUUGUCCUCAGCUCCGUUACCUUUGAAAUUGCAGAGCCAGCGGCUGCUCCAAAUUAAUUCAUCUGGGUUUCUAUUUUUGGGAUCCCAGAGGGAGUUUAAGCUUCCCAAACAGCUACAUGGUCUGCGAGUUUCCUGUCUCAGUGACCCCAAAGCUGUGGUGGUCACUGGUAAGUCAUGGGACAAAAUGGUUCUGAACAGCGACACACCAGUACUCGUGGAGUUCUAUGCCAGUUGGUGUGGACCAUGCAGGAUGGUUCACCGGGUAAUAGAUGAGAUAGCCACAGAUUAUGCUGGAAAGUUGAAUUGCUUCGUGCUGAAUGCUGAUGAGGAUGUGGGAAUUGCAGAGGACUAUGACGUAAAGGCUGUACCAGUAGUUUUGUUGUUUAAAAAUGGCAAGAAACGUGAAUCCGUCAUCGGCACCAUGCCUAAGGAGUUUUAUGUUGCUGCCAUUGAAAGGGUCAUAUCUUCAUAGAGUCAUCGUUAUUGAUGGUGCAAUCAUUUAUCAUCCAGGAGGACCAGGAGUAGUGUUCAAAUUUAGGUGUAGCAUUAGUAGUCAUCCCAGAUAUUUUCUUCGAUAACUUGGCUUUUGUUGAAUGGUCUCAAAUCAGCAUCCAGAAUCCAGAUGCAUGCUGUUCAGAUACAUACAGUAUUGUUCAUCUUUUGUACAGACUUGAGAAAUUGUUCAGUAUUUAGUACAUGAUUUCUUGAUGUCAGAUUUCAAAUGAAAAGAAGUCUACAAAAUAUGGUGGUGCUCUUAGAUUGGAAAGGUUUGUUUUUGAGAAUGUGCAUUGUAUGCUCUCUAAAUUUCC